CUGAGUUUAAAAUAGCCAAGGAGAAGGGGGUAAAUUAUAAGACACGGACACGUCUAAAGAAAAACACGAAUGAAAUGGACAUUUCGGCGUCAACCGUUUGCUUAAAUUGAUUUAAUUCUGAUUUAUUUAUGAAAUGUUUACACGUUUAGUCUCGGGAGAGUUAUUUAUUCUACAAUGGAGACAUUCUCAGUGGUCGACAUGUCUGAGAUUACUGUCGUGCAACUCCGUUAUCGGUCCCGACCGUGGACAGGACCUGUCGAGAGAGGAGCGAACUGUUCCGACCGAACGGACGUGUUCCUCAAACUCACAGGUUCUUUCCCGACCCGAGAAACAGAAACGGGUGUGUAAAGUCAUAUUGGACCGUUUUGACCAACAGUACGGUCAGGAACUUGGCCCCCUAUGGCCGUCUGCAAGGGCUGUGUUGUUGAACCCUGGGUGCUGGCAGUAUGGAGUGAUGCUCAACCGUUUUGCUGCGGUGUCAGAGGUCAAACAACGCCUCCAAGGGCAAGGCUUUGUCAGUCUACUGCCCCACACGGACCUGCCUCUUAACUCCUCUCUCCCCCAGCCUCACCCUGCCUCUCCCACCCAGCCUAGCUCCAUCCCUCACCCCGGUCCUCCUCCUCCCUCCCUUCAGUGUUUCAUCCACCCCUCCCCAGUGCGUUACCCCUCUCCUCCUCACCGCCAGGGCCAGUUGAAACCCUACUACCUGAUGAACGCUGCCUCCCUGCUGCCUGUCUUAGCCCUGGGGGUAGAGGAGGGGGACAGGGUCCUGGAUCUCUGCUCGGCUCCUGGAGGGAAGGCCUUGGCUAUACUACAGACUGCUGACCCAGCUCUGUUGUGUUGUAAUGAAAUGGACCCACACCGACGUGAUUGGCUGGCCAAAACCCUGGAAUCCUUCAUCCCCCAAUCGCUGAGCAGCACUGUCACCGUGUCCAAUCAGGAUGGACGGAACUUUGGGCAGAGUGAAGCCGGAAUGUAUGACAAGGUUCUGCUGGAUGCUCCAUGUUCUAAUGAUCGUAGCUGGCUGUUCUCUGGACCAGGAGGGGAGCAGCAUGGAGCUGGGAGGCUGAGGGAGAGGGCCAGGCUGCCCACACUACAGACACAACUGCUCAGGUCUGCGCUGGCUGCGUUGCGUCCGGGGGGCGUGGCCGUCUACUCCACCUGCACGUUGUCCCGCUCUGAGAACCAGGAAGUGGUGGAGGCGGUCCUAAACACCUGUCCAGGGGUGGAGCUUCAAGACCUGGAGGAGGAGCUAGCCCUUCCGCUCCAGGAACACUUCACCUUCACCCCGUUAGGCCACACCCCCUCGUUAGGCCUCCUUGUGGUUCCACAGCAGGGUCAGACCUGGGGGCCCAUGUUCCUGUCGCGCAUCAAGAGGAUUCACUGAUUGGUUGAUUGACUCGCUGACUUCCUGUCACGCAUCAAGAGGUACUGCCUGCCUGACUGGUCGGUUGGUUGAUUUUCUCGCUGACUUCCUGUCACGCAUUAAGAGGACUCGCUGACUUCCUGUCACGUAUCAAGAGGACGAACUGACUGAGCAUGUCAGACGCUGAGGCUGGUCUUCGAUGGAUUCCACAAUGCAACAUGUUUUCAUGUGACGGCUACUGCUAACGAGCUAACUCUCUAGGGCUUGUGUUCCAAAUGCCACUCUAUAUAUAUAUAGCACACACAAGUAGUGCACUAUAUAGGGAAUAGGGUGCUAUUUAGGAAGCACCCUUUGUCUCACACGCUCUUUGCCCAUGUUCCUAUCUGGCAUCAAGAAGACCCACUGAACUCUUAAAUAAAGGUUACAUAAAAUAAAUAAUGAAUCCCAAUGACCUCUGAAUACCCACAACAGUUGCUGAUACAAAGAAGCAGAGGCGGCUGCUGAUUGGCUGAAUACCCGAGGUGCAUUAUGGUUUGAAUUGUCAACAAAGCAGCAUGACAGAAAUAUGAGGCCAAGUUUUCAAACCUCCUGUAGUUUCUUUGAGAAUAUAUAUAUAUACAUAUAAAACGAUCUUUGCACGAUCCUAUUUCACUUUUGCACGUUAAAAACCGAACGACCACAUCUGCACAUGCUGCCGUUGUCUUGAACAGAUUAGAUGAUGCUACUUAGGAGGAGCAGCUCCUGAUGAACGGGUACACCAGGGAGAACGCAACAAGCAUGUAGAUACAAUAAACUGAAAACACAUUAUCUAACUGGGGAUAGCUAGCUAACAUAAUGUCACUGAGCAUUAUCUAACGGGACAGCUAGCUAACAUAAUGUCACAGAGCAGUAUCUAACUGGGGAUAGCUAGCUAAUGUAA